UUGUACCUUUGUUUACCGGAACCUUCGUAAAUUACCCGAGAUAGCUCUACACUGGCUCUGCCCAUGUUGCCAUUCCUGUAAUGGCUAUUAUCCAUAUAAUUCCAUGUUUCUCUUCAUUUCGCCAUGUCCUCAUUCUCUCCAUUGUAAUACGCGUCAUUCUUAUCGUCUACAGCGAGUGGCACGAUGUUCGUUCCCUCGUCAAAUACACCGACAUCGAUUACCGCGUUUUCAGUGACGCUGCGUCGUUUCUUUUACAUCCUGGAGAGAAAAAUAUCGCUCAAGGUCCUUUGAAAAGCUGGAUACAGCUUGGAGACCCGUAUUCCCGAGAGACAUACCGCUACACCCCGUUGCUCGCCCUUCUACUGGCUCCUAACGAAUGGAUCCAUCCUUCCUUUGGGAAAUAUCUCUUCGCCGGGUGCGACAUCGUUAAUGGGUUUCUGAUAUACCGGCUCACCGCCGCGACACGCUAUAGUGCUCUUCACUUGCUUAAUCCAAUGGUCUUUUCAAUAUCGACCAGAGGGUCCUCCGAGUCUGUCCUAUCCCUCCUAGUGCUUCUCACGCUGUAUGCUGCUAUUACGGAUCGCUGGAAUGCAGCUGCAGUCAUGCUCGGCGUCAGCACACACUGGAAGAUCUACCCAGGGAUAUACGGUGUACCUUGUUUGGCCGUCCUUGCGAAGGGAAACUCAAUUGUCAAUUGGCGUGGGAUCUCUUUUGGCCUCCUGAGCAUCUCGACAUUCGGAAUCUUGGGUAUAGGGUGUUAUCUUGUUUGGGGAUACCCUUUCCUCUAUGAAUCAUACCUGUAUCACCUACACCGUAUCGAUCACCGACACAAUUUCUCGCCUUAUUUCUACCUGACGUAUUUGACGUAUCCUGUUGGGGAUCCUGAGGACUCCCGAGGAUUGUUCUCUCAAAUUAUUCGCUCCCCUUUGACAAGUUUCCUUCCUCAAAUGACGCUUGUCAUUGGGUCUGGCCUAGCAUUUGGCCGCAGAAAAGAUGAUCUGGCGUUUGCGUGGUUUGUUCAAACAGCUGUAUUCGUUAUUUUCAACAAGGUCUGCACAUCACAGUACUUCCUCUGGUACCUACUCCUUCUUCCUCUCCUCCUUCCUUCGAUCGACAUGUCGAUACGUAAGGCCUCCACUUGUCUUGCCAUCUGGGUUGGUGUUCAAGCCCUAUGGCUCAGCGAAGCGUACAAGCUAGAGUUCUUGGGAAAAAAUGUGUUUUGGGGGCUAUGGCUACGAGGAUUAGUGUAUAUUGUGGGAAAUUGUUGGGUUCUUGCUGAGAUCAUGAACGGAUACAAGACUCGGAGAAAAACCAGUUCUCUUUGCACAUCGAUAAGGUGUUAAGCCAUUGCUUUCUCCAUCAAUGUUCAUGCAUCGUCAACUGCCAUGUGCAACCAAUUCCA